AUCGGUUUCUCCAUUGGAGAGAGGCGCCGGCGCUCCGGUCGGUGAAGAUGUCGACUUCCUUUGCCGGUGAGAUUGCUACCGAACUGAUAAAGGAGCUCUUGAAUGUGGUCCGGAUGACCUAUCUCUGCCGGCCGACCGCCGAGCAGCUGAAGCGCUCCGUCGACUCCCUGCUCCCCAUUGUCCAGGAGAUUAGCCUCUCCGGCGUCGAGCUCCCCCAGCACCGCCAAAAUCAGCUCUCUGAGCUCGCCGACAACCUCCGCCUCGCUCUUGAGCUCGCCCGCAAGGCUGCCGCCUCCCCCCGCUGGAAUGUCUACAGAUCCAUGCAGCUCGCUCGCAAAAUGGAGCGCAUCGACAACUGGAUCACCCGCUGGAUCGAGCGCCAGAUUCCCGCCCAUGUCCUCGCCGAUGUCCACCACAUCCGCGCCGACUACGCCGCUCGAUUUGACCGCAUCGAACGGACCCUAGACAUCACAGCUGCCUCUGUAAUGGCGAGAGGCCCGGUGGCGUUGGGGACUGCGCCAUUCUCGAUGUUCCCUGAGAUGAUGAAGGGAUUUGUGCCCCUGGCUGCGCCCGCUAAGGCACCGAUCGCGAUGGGGAGUCCGCCGCCGUCGUCGGGCUUUCCGAUGCCAGAGAUGAUGGAGGGGUUAAUGCCCUCUGAAGAAGCUGCGAAGGUACCGGUGGCGAUGGAGAAGUCGCAGUCCUCAGGGUUCCCGGUUUCUGAAAUGAUGGAGGGGCUGAUACUGGCGGGAGAAGGCAUGAAACCCGUGGGGGUCGGAAUCAGGUUCGGAAAGGAGAAGGUAAAGGAGAUGUUAAUGGAUGGCUUUGAUAGAGUAGCCGUCGUUGGAAUCUCUGGCAUCGGAGGAAGUGGCAAGACGACGCUCGCCAGGGAGAUUUGCAAAGAUCCAGAGAUUCGAAGUUACUUCAAAGAUAGAAUUUAUUUUGAGACACUUUCACAGUCUCAGAAUUUGGAGAGUCUGAAGCUAAAACUGUGGGAACAAAUUAGUGGCAAUAUGGUUCUUGGGGCUUAUAACCAAAUUCCGCAGUGGCAGGUGGAGUUGGGGACAAGAGAUAAAGGACCAUUUCUUCUGGUGUUAGAUGAUGUGUGGUCUGCCUCAGAGCUUGAAGAACUGGUUUUUAGAGUACCAGGAUGCAAGAUUCUUGUUGUUUCACGGUUCAAAUUCCCUUCAAUUGUCAAAAACACUUAUGAGAUUGAAUCACUAGGAGAAGAGGAUGCUUUGUCCCUCUUCUGUCAUGCAGCUUUUGAGCAGAAAUAUAUACCAUCUACUUUUGACAAAAAGUUAGUAAAGCAGGUUGUUGAUGAGUGUAAAGGGCUUCCUUUAGCUCUAAAGGUUAUUGGUGCUUCUUUAAGAGAUCAACCUCCAAAACUUUGGCUAAGAGCCAAAAAUAAGCUUGCUCGUGGAGAAAGUAUAUGUGAAUCUCAUGAAAAUAAAUUGCUCGAACGAAUGGCAUCAUCCAUAGAAUUUCUAUCAGGGAAAGUGAGGGAGUGUUUCCUAGAUCUUGGUUCUUUUCCGGAAGAUAAGAGGAUCCCUUUGGAUGUGCUAAUCAACAUGUGGAUGGAGCUCCAUGAUCUUGAUGAAGAAGAUGCUUUUGCUAUUCUAGUGGAGCUUUCGAAUAAGAACCUUUUAACUUUAUUGAAGGAUGCACAGAACAGAGCUGGAGAUAUCUAUAGCAGCUAUACAGAGCUUUCUGUGACUCAGCAUGAUUUGUUGAGGGACCUUGCUCUUCAUGUGAACAGUCAGGAGACUUUAACUUCUCGAAGGAGGUUAAUUAUGCCGAGGAAGGAAAACGAACUUCCAAAGGAAUGGGAUAGAGUUAAGGAUCAACAGUUAGAGGCACAAAUUGUUUCCAUUAAUACAGGUGAAAUGAAAGAAUCUGAUUGGUUUCAGAUGCAUUUUCCAAAGGCUGAGGUACUAAUUUUGAAUUUUUCUGCCGAUGCAUACUUCUUGCCACCCUUUCUCAGUAUUAUGCCCAAUCUGAAGACUCUGAUCUUGAUCAAUUAUGGGGCAUCAUGUACAACACUACAGAAUCUUUCUGUAUUCACAUCUUUAAGUAACUUAAGAAGUCUCUGGCUUGAGAAAAUAGCUGUCCCUCCUUUGCCAAAAACUACAGUUCCCCUGCAGAACUUGCGAAAAGUAUCGCUUGUUCUAUGUGAAUUGACCAACAGCCUGAGAGGAUCAAAGGUGGACCUCUCAUUGACACUUCCACGCCUAUCACAUCUAACGAUAGAUCAUUGCAUCGAUGUAACAAAACUUCCUUCUGCCAUUUGCGACAUCAACUCACUUGAAUGCUUAAGCAUAUCCAACUGCCAUGAUUUGUCAGAGUUGCCAUGUGAAUUUGGAAAGCUAAAUUCUCUAAAGAUUUUAAGGGUCUAUGCUUGCCCUGCUCUGAAGAGGCUACCUCAUUCGAUCUGCUUGCUGAAAGGAUUAAAGUACCUUGACAUCUCUCAAUCCUUUAAUCUCCGAGAGUUGCCAGAAGAGCUUGGUUACAUGACAAGUUUGGAGAAGUUUGACAUGAGAGAAUGUUCUCAAUUGAAGACUCUACCAAGAUCCUCAUCUUCCUUGAAGUCUCUUGGUCAUGUGAUUUGUGAUGAAGAUAUUGCUUUAUUAUGGAAAGAAGCAGAAAGAGAUAUACCAGAUCUUCAUAUUCAGGUAGCUGAAGAAAGUUUCAAUUUGGACUGGCUAGUAGAAUAAACACCCUUGCUCACGACUUUCUCGUGAAGUACUAGUUGCUUUGCCUCCCUGUUUACAUAACUGUAACUAUAACUUGUAUAUAUGUAUCCUAGCCUACUUUAGGAAAGUUACCAGGAGUGGGCUUGCUUCUGAUCGGGUUUUUCUGUUCCAUCGAGAAAAUCUUGUCACUGUAUUCAAGCUUCUAGCUUGCCUGUGACUACUGACUA